AUGCAUUUUCCUGAACGAUCGCUGCCGUGCGCUAUGCCCUCUGCCCAUCGACCAGAGUUCAAUGAACCAAACGAGGUCAUUAAGUUGGCGGACAGAGAUAAUCGAACCGAUGGUUCCACCACCUCUUUUCACAGUAAAAGCUUAUCGGGAACUCAGGAAUCGCAGAUCAGCACGCCCAUCGAUGACGAUCACAAAGAACCACCGCAGUGUCGGGAUAUUGUCGAUAUUUCGUUGAAAAUGAAGAUCCUCAUUUUGACCUGCAUGUUGUGGUUGCCUGUUGGAUGCCAUUAUAUGGAAGCAACGAUGGGUACACUGAAAACGACCUUGAAAAAGACGAUGCACAUCAACAACACCCAAUUUAGUAUUCUUUUAUCCUGCGUGAGUCUUGUCAAUACCGUGCUUCCGCUGUGGGCGGGAACUAUGGUCGACGAUCUCGCCGGGCUCGGCUCCAUUCGUUCCACCACCCUCGUUAGCUGUGUCAUUCUUACCGGCAGUAUCCUGGUCUCCAUCGCUUUCCACUUUAAUAGUUAUCCGAUCAUGAUCACGGGGCAGAUUAUCUAUGGUUUAGGUGGCGGCAUGAUCGUGACCAUGCAGGAGGCCAUAGUAUCGCGCUGGUUCAGAGACCGUCAAUUGGCAGUGGUGGUCGGCAUCAUGUUAUGUAUUGCUCGUCUGACCAAGUGGGCGGCCAAAAUGGUGUGUUAUCCCAUCAUCGAUGCUACUGGUUCCAAUGCCUGGCCUAUUAUUAUUGCCAAUAUUCUGUGCGCUGUAGGUGUCUUGAUGAACAUCGUCUAUUGGGCUAUCAUGUAUCAUCACGGUGGCGCCACCAUGCUCGGCAAAGAAAUUCAAGUUCCGGGUUCCUUUCAUGCCAAUGACCUCAAGCUGCACCGUGACCAAGUCCCAUCCACAUCGUCACACAAGCCUUCAUUUCGCUGGUCAUCCGUCUUGUUUCUUUAUGUGCCUGGAAUUUUUUGGAUGGUGCCCUGGGUCCAACUCAUCAUGUCAAGUGUGCUUAGCAGUUUUGAUGAUGUCGCUACCGAGUUUGUCCAAUUUCGCUUCAAUACGGAUCGUGUCAUGGCAGGUUAUCAAAGUAGCUUAACCCAAGUCGUUCCUAUUGUUGCCGCUCCCUUGCUCGGGCUUUAUGUUCACCGCUACGGCAAGCGACUCACCAUUUUAUUUUUCGGCACCAUUGUCCUUCUGAUUUCGAUGGUGCUUUUAGCUUAUACAUGGGUCACACCGGCUGUGGGGAUGAUUAUUUUCUCUUCGGCUGUGGCAUUGGGCCCGGUAGCCGUGUUAUCGUCGACACCGUUGCUGCUCCCGAGUGAAUUGGCAGGCACCGGUAUGGGACUCCACAAAUGUGCCAAUAAUAUCGGAACAACGAUCGUAUCUGUGUUGGUGGGUUAUGUCCAAGAUUUGACAUAUCAUGAUGGUGAUCCUUCCGAUAACACUGCCGAUUUGCAAACCGCUUACGAUGGCGUCAUGGUCUUUUAUCUGGUCCUGGCCUGUGGCUCGAUUUUCGUAUCACUGAUUUUCUGGUUCAUGGAUCGUCGCCAACUUCAGGGAUGGUUGCAAGCCAAUCAAAAAGAACGACAACGUCGCAUUGACACUGUCAAAGCAGAACAAGCGCUUUAUCAGUCAGACCAUUUGAAAUCCUCCUUGAGAAUGGUGGGAAGUCAACUACGAACGAAACGAACGUUUAUCUAUGUCUCCAUCUUUUGCUUCUGGCUUGUCGUGUCUUGGGCCAUCUUCUUUUCUUUUGCAUUGAUGCCAAUCUAUCAACGUUACUCCGUCACGUAA